AUGCCCUUUCGCCACGGAUUUCGCCGCCAGCGCCUUCCCGCCCGCGCAUUUCACCGCCGUGACCGCUACGUCGUCGCCCUCUACUUUCGCCACCGUGACCCUUCCGUCGCCGCCUGCCCUCCCGGCCGCCGUGACCCUUCCGCCGCCGCCUGCCCUCCCGUCCGCCGUGACCCUUCCGUCGCAGCCUGGCCCUCCUCACAGCCGCGACCUGCUUCGUCGCCGCCUGCCCUUCCAGCCGCCGCGACCUCUCCCGUCGUCGCCUGCCCCCCCCCCCUUUUUUCCGCCGCGCGACAUUUCGUCGCCGGCUACCUGUCCCGCCGCCGCGACCUCUUCUUCGCCAGCUGCCUGUCCCGCCGCCGCGACCCUUUGUCACCACCUGCCCAUUCCCUCCCCGCGGCCAUUUUUUUGCCGCUUGCGGUUCCCGCUGCCGCGACUGCAAAUCGUCGCCUGCACACACCACCGCCGCGAUUUCCGCCAGUUCCGCCGCAAUUCCCGUCGCCACAACUGCGCCCCCAGGGCAGCAGGGCGCACGGGGCGCACAGGGCAGCAAGGCGCACAGGGCAGCAGGGCAGCAGGGCAGCAGGGCGCGCGGGGCGCACAGGGCUGCAAGGCGCGCGGGGCGCACAGGGCAGCAGGGCGCACAGGGCUGCAGGGCAGCAGGGCGCGCGGGGCAAACAGGGCAGCAGGGCGCACUGGGCUGCAGGGCAGCAGGGCUGCAGGGCAGCAGGGCGUGCGGGGCGCGCAGGGCUGCAGUGCGCGCAGGGCGCGCAUGGCAGCAGGAAAGCAGGGCGCGCAGGGCUGCAGGGCAGCAGGGCGCGCAGGGCUGCAGGGCUGCAGGGCGCAUGGGGCGCAGCAGGGCUGCAGGGCGCGCGGGGCGCGCAGGGCAGCAGCAAGGGCUGUAGCGGCAACACCAAGGGCUGUAGCGGCAGCAGCAGGGCAGCAGGGCGCACAGGGCUGCAGGGCGCGCGGGGCGCACAGGGCAGCAGGGCAGCAGGGCGCACAGGGCUGCAGGGCAGCAGGGCGCGCGGGGCAAACAGGGCAGCAGGGCGCACAGGGCUGCAGGGCAGCAGGGCGCACAGGGCUGCAGGACAGCAGGGCGCGCGGGGCGUGCAGGGCUGCAGUGCCCGCAGGGCGCGCAGGGCAGCAGGACAGCAGGGCGCGCAGGGCGCGCAGGGCUGCAGAGCGCGCGGGGUGCACAGGGCAGCAGGGCAGCAGGGCGCGCGGGGCGCAGCAGGGCUGCAGGGCGCGCGGGGCACGCAGGGCAGCAGCAAGGGCUGUAGCGGCAACAGCAAGGGCUGUAGCGGCAGCAGCAGGGCAGCAGGGCGCACAGGGCUGCAGGGCAGCAGGGCGCGCGGGGCGCGCAGGGCUGCAGGGCGCGCAUGGGCAAACAGGGCAGCAGGGCGCACAGGGCUGCAGGGCAGCAGGGCGCACGGGGCUGCAGGGCAGCAGGGCGCGCGGGGCGCGCAGGGCUGCAGUGCGCGCAGGGCGCGCAGGGCAGCAGGACAGCAGGGCACGCAGGGCUGCAGAUCCCCUCCCCCCACCGCUGCACCCGCAGCAGGGGGAUGGAGGAGAAGUGGGGGGGGGGGGGGGGCUGAUGCUGCAACUCCCCUCCCCCCACUGCUGCUGCAGAUCCCCUCCUCCCCACUGCUGCACCCGCAGCAGGGGUGGAGGAGAAAGGGAGGGGCGGGGGGGGCUGGUGCUGCAGAUCCCCUCCUGCCUCCCUCUGAACCUCCAAGCUCCCCCCCCCUCCCAACACAGGGGGCGACGAGGCCAGUGGGGCCGAGGGGCGCGGCUAGGUACGGGGCCGGGCGCUGGGCUAGGGACGGGGCCGGGUGGCGCGAGGCUAGGUAUGGGGCCGGUCGCUGGGCAAGGGACGGGGCCGGGCGCUGGGCAGGUACGUGGCCGGGCGCUGGGCAGGUACGGGGCCGGGCGCGUGCUAGGUACGGGCCGGUCGCGGGCUAA